AUGGCUGAUGAGAAGCCACGGAGAAAAUUAAUUUUACAUUUUGAUGCCAGGAAUACUUUGUUUCUGUCAGAUAAAAGUUAUCGUUUCACUAUUGAAGAGGCACUGAACAAUUACAUUUCUGGAAUUGUAUGGGGUCAAUUAAAAGAAAAAUCUGAAAAAAAUGAAAAUCAUUCAAGUGAUAUGAUUGAAAUAAAUGAAAGUCAAAGUGAAAAUAUAAAACCUGUAAAGUAUCAAGUUCUUAACAAAAUGAAUUCAAAUCAAAAAAAAUUAGAUCAUGAAGUUAACUCUUGUAAAACAACAAUAACCACCCCCACAACAACAACAACAAUCACAACUCCAAUGGAUACUCGUCAACCAUAUGAAGCUAAUUUUAAAUCAACUUUAGCAUGUUGGAAUCGUUUACCAAUACCAUUAUGUAUUAAACAACCACAACCAAAUGCAAUAAGUAUAUAUAAAUUAUUAGAGAAACAAAUUGUUAAAAUAACAUCCGAUAGAGGUAGAAUAAGAAAAUAUUUAGGUAAUUUUACUCAAACACCAGAAGGUUUACCAUAUCGUAAUUUAUUUAAUGAAUAUUUAGAAAUGUUAAAAUUAACACCAAUUGAAUCCAUUAAUUCACCAUAUUGUUUAUGUGUAAAUAGUGGAAAGAUUAAUAAUCACCAUGGCAACAAUAAUAAUAAUAAUGAUCAUAUAAAUGAGAAUGUGGAUAAUCAUUAUUAUCAUUAUUUAAUGCCAGCUUUUUAUCGUUUAUUAACAUGGCUUAUUGAAACAAAUCGUCAAUUUGCUAUAUUUAUACGUACCUAUGGUAAAGAUGGUGAACAUAUUUUAUCAGCUAUUGAAGCUUAUAUUCAUGGUAAACAUUCACAAGAGAAAGCACCAUUCAAUGCUAAACAAUAUAUACCAAUUGAUUAUACUAAAUGGUAUUUAAAACGUUCUGAUCAUGAACCAUUAUUUCAAUUUAUAAAAGAAAUUCCAUAUAAAGACUCAUUAGAUUCUGAUAAACAAUUUAUCAAUAUAUCAAAUAAUCCUAAUGAAAUUUAUCAAAUAUGGUCAAAACAAAUUGGUGUACUACAUGUAAUAGAUGAUUUCACUUAUUGGAAAUCACAUAAUUAUCAUUAUAAAUCAUCGAAACCUUUAUGGUUUAAUCCAUAUGAUCCAUAUAUUCAACAUAUAUUAUUUGAUGAUAAUAUACGAUUUGAAGAAGAUGGUUCUAAUGUCAUUGAUUUAUAUCAACUUAAUACAACAACAACUACUACUACUACUAAUACGAGACCGCCUAGUUUAAAACCGUGCGACAUCAAUGCGAUUAAAGGCGUCACAACCAUUAAACGUGUGUCGGUUUAUAGAGGUCACAUUCCUGUGACGCUAGACCUGAAAAUAAAGAUGUCAGUAGAAGAUUGUGAAAAUGAAUUACUUGCACUGGAAUCCAUUUAUGAAGAUAAGUAUCAACUUGUACAAACUACACCUAGACGAAAAAUAAAAGUAAAUCUAAAUGGUCAAUCAGAUGAUUCACUGUCAACUAAAGUUCGAUGUCAGCUUCUUUUUGAACUUACAAGCAACUAUCCAAAUAAACCACCUAAAUAUCAAAUACUUAAACCUGAAAAUCUGUCAGACGAAGAUAUUUCCGAUAUAAAUAUUAUAAUCAAUGAAGUAAUUGAACGAUCCCUAGGAUUUGUAAUGUUAUUUGAUAUAUUAACAGAAGUUCAAGAAAAAUUAGAUAGUAUUUGUGCAAAAAUCUUAAUUCGUCAGCGUAAUGAAGCUAAAGAAAAACGAAAAGCUAUACAACUAGAAGAAGAAGCGAAAUUCCGUGGUGAUAGAGUCACAGUGGAGUCAUUUCUAGAAUGGAAUACAAAAUUCCUUGCAGAAAUGGAAUCAUUAAAAGAGAAGUCAAUAUCUGAAGAUCAAAAUGCUGUUAAACGACUAACUGGACGUGAGCUAUUUUUGAAAGAUAAUCAUUAUGACGAUUCCGAUUUGACCUUCUUGGAAACUAAUGGUGGUGAAGUUGUAGAGAUUGAUGAACAUUUAUUUGUUGACAUUGGCGAUAUAGACCUGGAUGAUGAUAAUGAUGACGAUAAUAACCAAGUAGUUGUGACGGGAACAGCCUGA